UCAAGAUGCUAGGAUGUGAAGAAGAAACCUCCAUAAUGAAAGACCCUGUGAAGUUGCAUAAGUUAUUGUCUGUGGCUGUGUCACAGUUCAACAACAGUAAAACUGAAUCUUCUAUCACUUCUUUGGAAGAGCCCAUCCUUAGUAUAAUAGCAAAAUGUGACCAUGACCUCCAGUUGCACAAGGAGAGCAUCAGAGAACUGUUGUGUAUACAAAAAACAGAAUUAUCUGUGCUUGAGGAGGUGCGGUCGUUGACCAUGGGAGGACAGGCAAAUCAAAUCUUGUGCAAGAUUACUCAAGCUAACAGAAGACAGGUUGAAGUGGAAAAGGAGAUUGCUACUGCAGUUUCUAGUGUAAGUCAUCUGGAGCAGCUCGAAAAUCAGCUGAACACCAGAAUAAAAUCUUUGAGUCAGAAAGCAACAACCUCCAUUCCUAAACUGAAAGCUGAUAUCAGUGCAUUCAUGCAAAUCUCUCACUUGAAGUGGGAUUAUGGUGCUCCUGAGAAUGUCGUCAAAGGCUUUAUUUACCAGCUGGAGAAGAAAGACAUUGUCUCAUUCAAGUUUGACAAGUCUGUACAAUCUCAGUUCUUCAUCACAAACUUUUUAUGGGACCAAAUAGGAGCAGAUAAUGAUUUCUUUUAAUGAAACAUUUUAGCAUUUGAAUUCAAACAGAUGAACUUACAAACAUGAAUACUUCUUUAUUCUGGUAUUACAUACUUUAUUUUUUACAAUACCAUAUAUAUUUACUAUAUUAUUAUUAUAAUCAUAACUAAGAACUAGACUCAUAAGGGUCAUACGGUGCCGCACAUUUACUACAAAAUAUAUCUUAUUAUACGAUUGUUUCUAGUAAAUUUGUGAACUAAGUACUGUAAUGUGUGGACUCUUCAGAUUAAUCCAUUUACGUAAUUAGAAAUAUGAACUGUGUAUACAGCAAGGUAAUUAAUAGUCUCAAUCAUUAAAGUCUUCUAAUCUAACUUGGGCUUAAUCCUUCUACUAUGUAUGCUCAUUGUGCUGAUACCUGUUUGUCUUACAGUUUUUGCAUUGUCAGCAAAAUUUAUUUUUUAACUUAAGUCUCCAAGAUAGUGUAAUUUACAGCUCUGUAAAUAUUAACUUUAGAUAUUAAUUUUUGUAACAUACUGGCCGUCUCCCACCUAGGCAAGGUGACUCAAAAAAGAAGAAAUUAAAGUUUUUCUUUAUAUAUGUAGUAACUUGUACAGGAGAACAGGUUACUUACUCCUGGCAUUUUAGUCGCAUCUUAUGACAUGACUUACAGAGGAAGGAUUCUUCUCCACUGUCCCAUCGAGCAUCUUCAGAUAUGUUUAAAAGAAUUGUUCAGAUAUUUUAUAUCUUAUUGGGCAGUGAGAUCUUUCAACCUUGCAGAUCUUUUCUGUAUCCUGGAAUUUUACUAUGGCAGGGAAUUGCAUCUUGAGAUCUUAAGGUUUUAGAGUUGCCAUAUAGACGUAACAAUUUUGAGUACAGAUUUAACUAAUGAUUGACUUGUUUUUCUUAAUUAUGCUCAUUUUUAAUGCUUUACCAUGAGAGCACCUUUAUUGAAGGGUUGACAUGUCAAAUCUUAAGACAUUAAAAUUGUUUUAAUUACAGCCUUUCCUCACUUAACAAUGGAGUUCUGUUCCUAAGACCACGUUGGUAAACAAAUUCGUCACUAAAUGAGGAGCAUACUACAAUGGUAGUGGUUUUGUGUCAACUAUCUUUGAUAUUGUUGUAAUGUCACCUUUGCACCAUUUAUAACAUUUCUGGUAUGCUUUUAAAACGUUUAUACAGUAGUGUACUGUAUAUUGUAAUAAACAGAAUAGAGGAAAUCAGCUCUAAUAUAUAUUAUUUAGGUAUGCAUACGGGCCAGAGAGCCCAUUGUAAGUCCAAGGCGUUGGUAAACAAGUACAUCACUAAGUGAGGAGAGGCUGUAUUGUUAUAACAUUCAUAGAAAACUAAAACUGAAGGGUCAUUAAAUGCCUAGAAUAGCAGAUUCAGUGUAAGGAAGAGCAGGUUCCUUGAAGGAUGUUCCUCCAUCUCAUAUUUGGUUGUCACUCUAUGUGGAUGACUUCGCUAUAGCUCACACAGGCGCUGACUGUUUCCUGGUAGCGGCCUCCCUUCAGGAUGCGAUUGACUGUUUCUCAUUGGGCCACUCCUCAUGGAUUUAAAUUUUCUUGUGCAAAAACCCAUUUCAUUACCUUCACUACACAUCAUCUUGUCCCAGAUAUUUCAUUGUAAUUACACAGCUCACGUAUCCUAGUGUGUUAUAUAGUAAAGUUCCUUGGCUUCAUAUCCUAUCACUGGUAGACAUGGAAACCUCGUAUUUCUUCUUUGAAGGUAGCUUGCCAUGGUUGGCUGAAUCUCCUUAAAAUUCUUGAGCAUCGUUCAUGGGGAGCAGAUUGCUGAACUUUCCUCCAUUUGCAUUCCACCCUAGUCUUGUCCAAGCUGGAUUAUGGUGACAAAGUCUAUUCUGUGGCUUCUCCUACACCUCUUUCUAAGUUAGAUCCCCUUCAUCACCAGGGCCUACGUUUAUGCCUUGGUGCCUUUCGUUCAUCCCCUGUUCAAAGCCUCUAUGCUGAGGCAAAUGUUCCUUCCUUAGAAGAUCGUCGUGAUGCUCAUUGCCUUCAUUACUUUGUUCUCUCUCAUGACCUUCGUGUUCCUUCUACGUAUAGGUUGGUCUCAGACGUUAGUAGAAGUCCGUUACUUGUUCAGCACCCCUGCUUACUCCGACCGUUUUCUCUUCGUCUUCACUUACUCCGGUCUUCUCUCCAGUUGCCUCCCUUGUACGUUCAUGUAGUGUUUGCCUUUUCCCUUCCCCAUUGGGAGGUUCCGACAAUUCGUGUCUGUUCUUCCCUACUGCCAUGCACCAAAGCUUUCCUACCUACGGCUGCUUCUCGCUCUAUUUUUCUUGAUCACUCCCAGUUGCAUGUGUAUGCCAUUGCUGUUUAUACAGAUGGUUCU